AAAGUGUCCGGGUCGCCAGUUGUUCAGCUUCUCCAUCGUUUUGUUACGUGAAUGUGUUUGAAGUUCACGUAAAGCCCAGUUAUUCCUGUUUUAGGAAGAAAGGCGCUGGUAAACGGUUCGUUUUUUUUAGGAGAGGGGGAACCUUUCAGUGGCGUAUCUCAUUUCCACACGGAAUACUGACACACCGGGAUCGUAAAUACAGCGUCGUUGCUGCCCGUUUGGUCUGGCAGAGAGAAAAGAUGAGGAUUUAAUAACGAAUAAUCAUUGUUUCAAUGAAACGAGUAGGUAUUUUCACUAGACGUGGAAGCAGAGCCGGUGUCAGGGAGUGAACAGGUUCAGUAAUGGAGUCGUGUCGGCGGACCGGACUCAGCGGGGUCCUGUGCUCGCUGUCACUGUUGUGUGUCAUCCUGGACAUCCAGCUGGACGGUGUCUUAGGGGCAACUCAUGUCGAGAUCGAGCACCACUUGGAGAUGGGCCGCAAACUUUUGGCAGCCGGUCAGCUGGCUGAAGCCUUGUCCCACUACCACUCUGCUGUGGAGGGAGACUCUAAGAAUUACCUGACCUACUACAAGCGAGCUGCGGUGUUCCUGGCUAUGGGAAAAUCCAAAUCUGCCCUGCCAGACCUGACCAGAGCCAUUCAGCUCAAGCCUGACUUUUUGGCUGCCAGGUUGCAGAGAGGCAACAUCCUGUUAAAGCAGGGCAACACACAGGAGGCCAAAGACGACUUUAACGCAGUGCUGCAGCGAUCUCCAGACCACGAAGAGGCCCAGGACCAGCUGAUUAAGGCAAACGAGCUGGAGGAGCUGCAGGAGGAGGCCCAUGCUGCAUACCACCAAGGGGACUACAGCGCCACCAUCACUGUGCUGGAGAGAGUUAUAGAGAUCUCUCCCUGGGAUCCUGAGUCACGGGAGCUUCGUGCAGAUUGUUACAUCCGAAUGGGCGAUCCGCAGAAAGCCAUCCAGGACCUGACGCCAACGACGCGGCUACGCAACGACAACCGCGCUGCCUUCCUGAAGCUCAGCCUGCUGCACUACAGGCUCGGAGAACACCACGACUCACUCAAUCACAUCCGAGAGUGUCUGAAGCUCGACCAGGAUGACAAGGAGUGUUUCAGCCACUACAAGCAGGUGAAAAAGCUCAGCAAGCAGCUGGACUCAGCAGAAGGAUACAUUCAGGAGGAUAGGUGUCAGGAGGCCAUCGAUAAGUAUGAAUCUGUGAUGAAAACUGAGCCCAAUGUGGAAUACUACACCAACCUGGCCAAAGAGAGGAUCUGCUUCUGCCUCGUCAAGAUUAAAUUGGCGAUGGAGGCGAUAGACGCGUGCUCAGAGGCCCAUCAGAGAACCCCCCGCAACGCCAACGUCCUCCGAGACCGAGCGGAGGCUUACAUCCUCAACCAGGACUAUGAGAAAGCGGUGGAGGACUACCAGGAGGCGAGAGAGUUUGACAGCGACAGCAACGAUAUCAGAGAAGGACUGGAACGAGCGCAGAAACUGCUCAAAAUCUCUCGCAAGAGAGAUUACUAUAAGAUCCUCGGCGUCAACAGGAACGCCAACAAGCAGGAGAUCAUCAAGGCGUACAGGAAGCUGGCACAGCAGUGGCAUCCCGACAACUUCCAGUCCGAGUCAGAGAAGAAGGAAGCGGAAAAGAAAUUCAUCGACAUCGCAUCAGCUAAAGAGGUCCUAACCGACCCAGAAAUGAGGCAGAAGUUUGACGCAGGUGAGGAUCCCCUGGACCCGGAAAACCAGCAGGGUGGAGGUGGAGGACAACAAGGUUGGCCUUUUCACUUCAACCCCUUUGAGUCUGGGGGCAGCUUCCACUUCAAGUUCCAGUACAACUAAAGUAGGCGGACUUUACGAACAGGGGGGUUGGGGACAUUUGUUGGACGGAUGGGACAUUGGGGGAAUAUCUAUGGCGGAUUUGUGGAGACGUCUUCCCCCAGAACUUGUGCUUCAACUUGGACACAGUUUUUUUUUUUUUUUUUUUUUGGGCUACUUGAACCUUUGAGUGGAGGCUUGAGCUUUUUAGUGAAAAAAACAGGACUUCUUACCACAGAAACUGAGGACCCAGCUGUGGCUACUGUUGAACUAACUCGUUGCUCUGGUUGAAGAAAAUGAAGUCUGGUGUCAAUAUUUCAAAUUCUUAGGAAAGGUGAUGGUUGAAAGCAGUCAUUACUGGACUUCUUUCUUUUUGGUAUGUCUGCUCUUAUUACUCAUUUCUUUCUUUGUGCCAUUUUUUUGAAACUUUACCAAGAGACUUGAUUUUUUUAAACGCAGUCGCUCCUGCUUGGACAUCACAUAAAAGGCUGUGGGGUUGCUGGUUUUCUGCUUGCAGUAUUCUUUAAAGGAAAUACAUGCUUACUGAUCUCAGUCUAUAUUUUUGACCAUGUCAAAGCAUCUCUACAGUAGAGAACCAAAACUUUUAUAUUUAAUGACAUCAAGAGACACAUGUUGUUGUGCUUCUACAUUAAUGGUAAGUAGGUGAGACUUUAGCACUAUUACAUGAAACUUGUGGGUGUAAAAGUUUUGAAAUCCUAUGGAUCUUAAAUCAGAGUAGUCGCUCUGUGGUCGGUUGUUUUUGAUUUUGCUUUAAAUGGCCGUUGGUUUUGUACAGUGAUCUAAUUGGAAUAAUGUGUGAAUUCUGCAUUUGGGUGGAAAUAUUAUGUUUUCAACAAGCUAUAUCUCCAAGGAACAUUAUGGAUGUAACCAAAUUUGAAGAGUUGGUUAAAACGCAAAAAAAUAAUAACUGAAAAAACUUUGACUAUUUAUUGCACAAAGGUGUAGCAACUGAUGACUGAGUCAAGAACUGUAGUAUUUCUCUCUUUUCACUCAUUUCAAAGCAUGUCUUUGAAAACUUGCACUUUUAAUCUUUCGUUUGAAAAACCUCUCCACAUGGUCUCCACUCCUGAAUUGUUACUGCAGGCUUUUAAAAAGCCUUUCAAAGACUCUUUACAAACCAAGUGUGUCUUCAGUGGCUAUCUGAUCACCUCAUAUAUAUAAAAAGGUCUAACAGAGGAAAAAGUGCACAUGUCGAAUGUUCUACUUGUAGCUUGAAAACCUGAGGCAGACUGUAUGUAAUUCAUAAACGGUGUGUUGGGAUAAUAUUUGUCCAUCAGGUCGCACUGAGGCACAAACUGAAAACCGAACCAUUAAGUUGAAUAUGUAAAAUGCAACUUUGCAAAUGAGCCUCAUUUUUUUUCUACCAUGCAAGACACACAACAGUUUAACCACAAGCUAAGAAAACAUUCUUUGGAAGUUUUGAUUUUUUUUUUUUUUUUUUGUGAGCACAAAUUAAGUUAUUUUGUCAAUAAUAGCUUAAGGAAAAUGACUGUAACUGCUUUGACUCCUAUCUACUGCUCGACUGUGUGAACCAAUGUGACAGGCUCUUUGUAUUUAAAUCAGCUGAGUGGGACUGUUGUUGUUUCUGGGUUUUCUUUUCAGGGUUUUCUGUUUUUAGUGGCAUCAAUUUGUCUGUUGCCAAACUGAAUCAGCUGACAUGCUCAAGUGUAUUAAAAAUAUUGAAACAAU